AUGAGUAAAGUUCUUUAUAAUACCCUUGGAUUGGGAUCUCUUGGGGUUGCGUCAUUUUUCUGGGGCAGAUCGUCCGCACCUAGUACACCAACCGCCCCAACAUCAGCCCCAAAUUCCAACCUACCUGCAUUUCCAGGAGAAAACAGAGUCGGGAAUUUUGAUCCAAGUAGUAUCAAGCCCCAAGAUUUCUAUAAAUAUGGGUUUCCUGGACCUAUACACGAUUUGGAGAAUUUCAAAGAGUUUACCAGUUGUUAUAAUCGAGCCACUAGAAACCCAUAUUGGGUAGUGGAACAUAUCACCAAAGAAUCAUUACAAGUGAAAGAAGCUGAUCGGAAAAAAUCUGUUUUCAAAGAAGACGAAAGUAUCCCAUUCAAGUUCAGAGGUAGAUUGAGGGAUUUUUUCCGUAGUGGGUACGACAGAGGACAUCAAGCACCAGCUGCCGAUGCUAAAUAUGAUCAAACCGCCAUGAACGAAACAUUCUAUUUAACCAACAUGUCUCCACAAGUGGGCGAUGGUUUCAACCGAGACUACUGGGCACACUUUGAGGAUUUUUCUCGAAGAUUAACCGAAAAGUAUGAUAAUGUACGUAUAAUGACCGGCCCCUUAUUCUUACCUAAAAAGGAUGAUGAUGGUAAAUACCGUGUCACUUAUGAAGUCAUUGGUAGUCCUCCAAAUAUAGCGGUUCCUACCCAUUUCUUCAAGUUGGUUGUUGGUGAAACAACUGGCGAUGAUAGGAUCAGUGUUGGAGCAUUUGUAUUACCCAAUGCUGUCAUUGAUAAUCAAGAUCCAUUGACCAAAUACCAAGUACCAGUCGAGGCAUUGGAAAGAAGCAGUGGUUUGGACUUAUUAUACAAGGUUCCAUACUUUAAAAGAAAAGACCUAUGUAAAGAAGUUAAAUGUGAAAUCAUAGUACGUGAAUUUCCAAAGGAAGUCAAUAAGAUCUUGACUUUAGAUGGUUAG